UUCCCUAUGGAGUCCUCUCUCAACGUGUUGAAGUGGGAAGGAGGCGGUGUUCUGCUGAUCUGUUAAAUUCUUAGUGAAGUUUCUGAGAUUUCCAGUGGCUGCUGUUGUUUGACUUCGGUUUGGAGCAGGCAGAGCUGAGGUUAUCCUGACAUUUCUGGGACCGGAUCCAGUCAAAGGGAAGAAGAAGGAGGAAAAGGAAAACGAGAAGAAGGAGAAGAGGAAAGGAAGGUGGGGAGGAAUAAGCCGGAGACAGGAAAAACUGAAUAAGGGGGGGCGGGAACCGCUCUUUCUUCCCUAUCACAUUCCGGCGUUUCCCCUCAGUCUGGAAAUGUAUUGAUCCCGGUCCUUUGGCUCUCUGGAAACAAAGGGACUUGGCCAGAUUCGGGGGAGGGAAGCAUGAUAAGAAGGAGCACGGAACUUUAAAGACAGACGGAAAGUAGUUCCCCGAACAUCUGGGACUCCGCUCUUGCGGGCUGUGAUGUGUGCUGGAGCUUGUAAACGAGAGAUACGGAAACCAAAGCAGAACUUCAGGUAAAUGGAGAGACAAGCAUUUAAAAGGACAGUCCCCUUCACUUUAUUCCACUUGUCCAGAAGGUGAAAAAGAGAAAGAGGGAGAAAAGAAAAAUCAACCUAACUGGAAAUAAGUCAGCCUCUGGAGCGUGAAGCUUUUAAGUUUACAGUUGGAGCUGCUGCAGUUCCCUUACUGCUGCUCCUCUGCUGAAAGGAAAAAGAACUGGGAGGAGACUGAUUUCUUCGAGGGAACUGUCCGCAACUCAGCUUCAGGGUCCCCCUUCCCGGCCAAACUCUCCGCAUUCCAUCUCUAUGAGCUAGAAUUGGAUGACACAAUGAACUGGAUGAUGGAACGGGGCUUCACCAUGCUGCUGGCAAUGUGGCUAGUGUGCCAAUCAGAACCUCACCCCCAAACAGUGGCCAGAGGGAGCCGUGGAGCUGGGAAAAUGCUGCCAGUUUCCCAGGUUAAUGGUAGAUCACUUCGACUCCUGAGGCACACAGGGAGGGCCCAAGGGAGUGUGAGAGGCAUGCCGGAUAAUCCUGACCAUCCCAUCCUAGACAGGAGGAGAGCUGUGCCAGUAAUGAGACUAGCCCGCCCAACUCCCUUGCCAGUGCAGGCGAGAGUGGGUGGCAGCCGAACGAGGCAGGAACAGAGACCAACAGCCAAGAGCUCCCCUAGGGAGAUGGUAAAAGAUGAGGGAUCGUCUGCUCGUGCAAAACUGGUGCGGUUCCCAUCAGGGUCCAGCUCUCCCAACAUCUUGGCUGGCUUUGCAGGGAAAAACAGGGUAUGGGUUAUCUCUGCCCCCCAUGCCUCCGAGGGCUACUACCGCCUCAUGAUGAGUCUCCUAAAGGACGAUGUGUACUGUGAGCUAGCAGAGCGACACAUCCAGCAGAUUGUGCUAUUCCAUGAGGCUGGGGAGGAAGGUGGCAAGGUCAGGAGAAUCACCAAUGAGGGCCAGAUCUUGGAGCAGUCCCUGGAUCCUACUCUCAUCCCAAAGCUGAUGAGCUUCUUGAAGCUGGAGAAAGGCAAGUUUGGCAUGGUGCUGCUGAAGAAAACCCUGCAGGUGGAGGAGCGCUACCCCUACCCAGUUAGGCUGGAAGCAAUGUAUGAGAUCAUCGAUCAGGGCCCCAUUCGACGGAUAGAGAAGAUCCGACAGAAGGGCUUUGUCCAGAAGUGUAAGGCAGCUGGCUUGGAAGGACAGGUGGUUGAGGAAGGGAAUAAUGGAGGUGGUGGAGGGAGCAGAGCCAAGGUGGGCAGUGAAAAGAAGAAGGAAGAUGCUAGGAGAGGCCAAGUCCAGCCAACAAGGGAGAGCCGACUGAAGCAAGUCAAGAAGCUUGCCACCACAACAGUAGCUCCUCCUCCAACCGCAAGGGUCACCAUGCUUCCUCCAUCUCCUCCAAGGACCGCAGCCUGGACCACCCCACGCGUGGUGACUGUGGCAACCCGGCCCACCACCACGACUACCCCCUUUCCAACCACUCAGAGAACAUGGACUACCAGAGCUCACACCACCUCAACUUCCCACCGGCAACCUAUAGCAACUGAAGUGACGACUCCCAGGAGUACCUGGGAAUCGGAAGAUUUCUAUCCCCCCUCAAGGAAGGAUCAGCACAGGGAGAGGCAACAGACUACCAGGAGACCAAGCAAGACCACUGGCUAUGAGAGUCACACAGCAGCAACCCCCACAACCCCAGACCACUACACAAGGGCUGGUGUGAGCCGUUUCCGGGACAACCGCACAGAUCGGAAGGAGUAUGGCCCUCGGGAUCCAAAUGUGGUGCCAGGCCAGCACAAGCCGGGCAAGGCAAAGCCACCUAAAAAAAAGAUUCUAAGCAACGAGUAUGAGGACAAGUAUGACCCCAGCCGGCCGACUGCCUCUCAGCUAGAAGAGCUGGAAGGAGGGAACAUCCCCGCCAAGAAGGGGAAGGAGACCAAAAAGCAUGAGCGGCCUGACAAGCCGGACAAGAAGAAGAAGGCGAAGAAUGAAAAACCAGACAAACAGACCAAGAAGGACAAGGCAGAGAAAAAGAAUAAACAGGACAAAGACCGAAAUAAAAAGAAGAAGGGGAGCAAAGCAGAGCAUGAUGGGUAUCUGAAACCCACUACUAAGCUUUUCACACAGAGUUCCAAGAAGUCAGUGACUGACCUGCUGGCCUUUUUUGAAGGGAAAAGGCGGCUCAUUCUCAUCACAGCUCCCAAGGCUGAGAACAACAUGUAUGUGCAGCAGCGAGAUGAAUAUCUGGAGAGUUUCUGCAAAAUGGCAACCAGAAAGAUCUCUGUGAUCACCAUCUUUGGCCCUGUCAACAACAGCACCAUGAAAAUUGACCACUUCCAGCUAGAUAACGAGAAACCCAUGAAGGUAUUAGAUGAUGAGGACUUGGUAGAUCAGCAUCUCAUCAGUGAACUGAGGAAGGAAUAUGGAAUGACGUACAAUGAUUUCUUCAUGGUGCUGACUGAUGUCGACAUGAGAGUCAAGCAAUACUACGAGGUUCCCAUAGCAAUGAAGUCUGUUUUUGAUUUGAUUGACACCUUCCAGUCCCGAAUCAAAGACAUGGAAAGGCAAAAGAAGGAGGGUAUUGUCUGCAAGGAGGACAAGAAACAGUCACUGGAGAACUUCCUAUCCAGAUUCCGUUGGAGGAGGCGAUUACUUGUGAUUUCUGCUCCUAAUGAUGAAGACUGGGCAUAUUCACAACAGCUCUCAGCUCUCAGUGGACAGGCUUGCAAUUUUGGUCUGCGCCACAUAACCAUUUUGAAGUUGCUAGGCCUUGGUGAAGAUAUUGGGGGAGUUUUGGAAUUGUUCCCAAUCAAUGGAAGCUCUGUGGUUGAACGAGAAGAUUUGCCUGCCCAUUUGGUGAAAGACAUACGGAACUAUUUUCAAAUUAGUCCUGAGUACUUUUCCAUGCUUCUGGUUGGGAAAGAUGGAAAUGUCAAGUCCUGGUAUCCUUCUCCAAUGUGGUCCAUGGUGAUCGUAUAUGACUUAAUUGACUCCAUGCAACUCAGGAGACAAGAAAUGGCCAUUCAGCAGUCACUGGGCAUGAGGUGCCCUGAAGAUGAGUAUGCUGGCUAUGGUUACCAUAGCUAUCACCAAGGCUACCAGGAUGGCUACCAGGAUGAUUAUCGUCACCAUGAGGGUUACCAUCAUGGAUACCCUUACUGAGCAGAACUAUGUAAUCUUUGCCUCCUUUCUAUUUCCCAACCAAUGACCCCUGCAGCUGUUAAAGUCACUUAUGGCCAGCUAUGUAAAGAAAUUUCUUCAAACAGCUUAAACUGCCCUGCUUUUUUCUUACAGUGUUCAUCCAAGACUAAAUAAAUAGCAGACUUUUGCUUUCCCCAAA